GAUGUUCAUGCAUUUGGAGGUCUGUUACUAUAUCUUCAUUUUGAUGACUCACAUGACAAGGUCCUGCUUCAGCUGGUGAGUUUCAACUAUUUUGGAAUGUUUGUGAUUGCCUCAUCCAUUCAAUGCAGUGGAUGUGAUAGGAAGGUUGUUCAUGAAAUAUUGGUACAUAGACCUAUUGGAAUAGGGAAAUCAUUCAAUGAUUUUGAUGGUGAAAUGUUUUUCUAUUUACUCAUCAAAUUAAAACGUUAUUUUUUUACGUUCGAAAAUGGUUUACCAAACGCCACUGUUUGGUGCAGGAAUGGGAAACAAUUAGGCUUCUUGAUUUUCCUUUAUGAGAAUGUAGGGAUGGAAAAGUAUUGAAUGAUGACAAUUCAAUAUUUUCCUGUAAUUCUUGUAAUGUUUAUUACUCAUUAAUCUACUUUAAUCUCACUCUAUUUUAUUGAGGAUUUUUUGUAUUAGAGUAUGGAUGAAUAACAAUGCAUUUUGGCAGUAUUCAAUCAUACUUUUAACAUAAUUACCGUAGGUCUUUAUUUUAGGUAUUUUGGGUAUAACCUACCCAAGAAAUUCACAUUAACACCAUGGUUAUUUACCAGCAGGCCAGGGUUUUAUUCAUUUGGGAGACAAGGAUUUAGAUGAAUUAUAUGGUUUAGCACCAUGUUAUUAUAUGUUUUAGUACUGCGUUAUUUAAGAUAGAUAAUGACGCUUUAGUACCAUAUUAUUAAAUGCUAUUAAAGAUAACCUAAUGAGAGAUGUUAAGUGAGGGAGCUGUGGAAUUCCUGCCCUUGCUGAAGGACACUUAAUUCCCAGAGUUAAUAAGCUGUCUCCUCUUCCAGGUCAGUGAAUAAUUUCCUGAUGACUGGACCUAAGGUAAGCCAACAUUCUUUUGAUCUUCUGGCCAGAUCCCUUUUUCCCUAUCCUCCUUCCCUCCCAAAAAAGAGAGCAAAAACCACCCCUGUGAGGAUCUCUUACAAAACCUCAGUCUGAAGACAUUAUUGAAGUAUGUUACUCUCUUUCUCCCUCUAUUUUUCUAUCUAUAGAUAGCAUCUCCUCUUCUCCACAAUGAGAGUUUAUGGUUCCAUAUACAUAUACAUUUUCAUCAUUUAUUUGUUGUAACAACAGCAAGAGUAUAACUAAGCAGUGUUAUGCUGGCCUUUUGGGUUCACUCCAUAUACGUAUCUAAAUGCACUUGACCCUAUUGAGGCUAAGAAGCUUUGAAUGUCCAUGGGUUGAGAUAGUAUAGGCGGAGAGUUAUUGGGUUCAGUGUGUAUAGAGGCAGUGGCAGGAGAGGACCUGGACAGGGUUGGGGUCAAUUUCAUUUCUUUUUCAGUCAAUUCAGGAAGUUAACUGAAAUUCCAAUUCCAAUUUUACCCAUGAGAGGCAAUGGAGGCAGUAGAGGCACAAGAGGUUCCAGGAUUGAGUGUGUAUCGCACAGGAGGCUGCUGGUGAAGGGAUGAGAGCUCAUAAUAAUGGCUGGAAUGGCGUGACUGGAAUGGUAUACCGUUCCAUUCAUUUUGUUCCAGCCAUUACUAUGAGCCCUCCUCCCCAAUUAAGGUGCCACCAGCCACCUGUGGUAUAGAGACAAUGGAGGUAGUAGAGGUCCCUCGGUUGAUAGAGCUAGACUAGAGGCAGGAAAGGCAGUAAAGAUCACGCUGUGUUGAGUGGGAAUAAACUAGAGGCAGUAGAGGCAGGAAAGGCAGUGCUGGCAUGUGCUGUGCUGUGGUGGGUGGUCAUCAUUAGCCCACCAGACCCCAGUUAGAAGCAGAGAGGUGGUGGCUCAGUCUCUCAACAGGCCACUUGAGACAUAUCAUUCACACAGUCUCAACAAGGACUAGAGAGCCGGGCGAACAAGCCAAGUGGACAUGGUGAACUUGUAAAGAAUAGGGCUUGGGAUUCUAAACUCACUCAGGGGUUGUGAAUCAUGUUCAAAAAGUUGAAUUAAUAUUGUAUUAAGACUUUUUCCCUGGUCCAUUUCUGUUGCUAACCGAAGCUAAUGUCUAUUAGUAUUGUUGCAACAAAAAAUCCAUUAAUACACUAGGAAUUUUGGGGUUAUGGAACUAAAUGUCCCUAGAAUUUGUUGCUUUUCAUGAUUGAUCCCAUUCAGUUUUUAGUGUAUUGUACCAUUACAUAUGACAUGAUGAUAUACUCCUCUGUGUUCCUCCAGGCUUACCUGAUUUACUCCAGCAGCGUAGCGGCCGGGGCGCAGAGCGGCAUCGAGGAGUGCAAGUACCAGUUUGCCUGGGAUCGAUGGAAUUGCCCUGAGAGAGCCCUGCAACUGUCUACACACAGAAGCCUCCGCAGCGGUAAGAGCCAAUGAUCCAGGCUCCAUUGGAAUUCUGAAUUCCAUUUUGGAAUUCCAAUUAGAAAAUUUAGAAAAUUUGGAGAAUUUGGGAAUUCUAAUUCAGAAUUUGGGAAUUUCUGUUGUGCUGCCCAAAUGACACCCUAUAUUGCUGCCUAAAUGACAAUAUUCUCCAUAUAGUGCACUAUUUUGGCCAGAGCUAAAUAUGAUACCUAAUUCUCCAUAUAGUGUACUAUUGUUGACCAGACCAAAUGUAGGGCACUAUAUGGUCAAAUGUAGUGCACUAUAUGCUGUCUAAGGCAUCAUUUGAUCUGCCCUUUAAUAACAGACCGGCUUUAAGUCACAGAUAGGCCCAUCCAGAUCAAGGAGGAAGGACUCUUUCUAGAAAGUGAGAUGGUGUUUGUUUGUUUGUUUAGUCAGGAGAUUCAUCAGUCAAAAGGAUCGUUACAGCAACCCCACGGCCGCCACCCAAAACAACAGCAACCCCACGGUCACACUGGCCAAAACAAACACUACUAAUCCAAUUCACAACAUCCUACUGAGCCUCCCAUCGACGGGACCCUGUUCAGGGGCCUUGUGAAAACAUGGCACCCCAAUGGCAAUUAGAGGCAAUGUGUUAAUUACCAGGAGAGAUAGGAGAUAAAGGAUACUGUGGAGUGAGAGGCGUUGAAAUAGAAACCCCACUCUAAAGAAAGGGUUAGGGUCACAGGCUAGAGGAGAGGAAUGACGUAUUCAGAAGAAGGCAUUCCUGAGAACAGAAGGCAUUCCUGAGUGCAUUUUAAAAUGUCUCUCUCACACACAGCGAACAGAGAGACAGCGGUUGUCCUUGCCAUCAGUUCAGUAAUCAUUGCUACUAUAAUAUAAUAAUAUAUCAUAUAUUUUUUCCACAGCGAACAGGGAGACAGCAUUUGUCCAUGCCAUCAGUUCAGCAGGAGUCAUGUACACUCUGACGAGGAACUGCAGUCUGGGGGACUUUGACAACUGCGGCUGUGAUGACACCAGGAAUGGACAACGGGGUAAGAGAAGAUAAAUAAAUCCACACACAGAUCAUUACAAGACACGCAUAGAUGAAACAGCUGAUGCACAUACUGUGUUAUAGUCAUGUGAUGUGAUUCGGUUGUAGGCAAAACAACAUUUUAAGUAUUUUUCAAGUACCUUAGAAAUAAUUCCCUUCCACGUUUUUCCGUCACAAAUGGUGAGCCACCCUCUCAUACAGGCAAACUCCUGCUUGUGACCCCAGGGGGUGCUGGCUGUGGGGGAGGGGGGUGGGGGGGGGUUGGGGGGGGGGCUGCAGUGAACUGAUGAUUGUGGUUGUGUUUACAGGGGGUACAGGCUGGCAGUGGGGGGGCUGCAGUGACAACGUGGGGUUCGGUGAGGCCAUCUCCAAGCAGUUUGUUGAUGCGCUGGAGACGGGUCAGGACGCUCGGGCCGCCAUGAACCUCCACAACAACGAGGCUGGACGCAAGGUACAGUAUUUACUUUACUUUGUACUUUUACUCUUACCAUUAUUUACUAUAUCAUCUAUGUUCCCUGACUGGGACACAUACAGUAAGGCAUCCAUAAAAACAGUACCCAUAAGUCCCCUAAAACAUUUGUGAAUAAGGACACACAAGGAAAUACUGUACUCCUCAGCUUUCCAGCUUGAUAGCUGCUGUGUGGCAACCAUUCGGGUGCAAAUCGGCAGGCGAGUGCUAGGCAACACAUUGGUGCUGCAAGGGGUGAGCCAUCCCUCAGCACCAUACAAUUGAAAAAACUUAGAUGAUAUAGUGAAAUAUUAUCAUAAUUCCAGAUAGAUAUAGAGCUUGGUUUUCGGGGUGUUCUGAACUCCAGAUCAUGUUGAGAUUAAAUCAGUGAGAUUGCCAUAGGGGGGAGCUCUUGUAGUUCAAGCUGGAGGGCCAGAUGGCCUGUUUGAUAUUUGCGUUUCCCACUCGGCCCCCCAACCGACCGACUGCUCAAUGUAAAGUACCUUUUGAAUCAUGUUUUUAUUUCUCAACCCUCCCAGUGAGAAUUACAGCUUACAGCAAGCGUACCACCCAAGCGUCCCCUUUCACGUCCCCAUAAGUGAGGUGCCACUCGUCCUCCAAUAACCACAGUGUGUUCGCUGUACCAGAAGGGCCUAUUUACCAGUUACUGAAUGUCCUUUAUUAUGACAAGACUUGAGUUGCAAGAUCUCAGGAUCACUGGUGCUACUUCUUAAUUAGAGUAUCCCAUGGUUCCACACACUGCAGACGGGGGCCAGUAUUAUGCCUGCCUGCUCUCUUUAAAUACGUUUUUAGUUUUAUUCUUGCAAUAAGCAUCCAACAUUUAUUCUGUUGGUCUUUGUGUGGCCCCUGAGGAGCCAUAGUCAGGGACCACAGGCGAGAGAAUGGAGUGGUCUUUGUUUACCCCGCCUAGGAGCCCUCCUGUUGGGCCCUCGCUGCCCCUCCGAACCCCAUGGCACCUGGAGCAUCAUUGUAACAAAAAAAAUACCAGAGAAAAAAAGAAAAACUCACCCCUUUUUAAUUUUGCCACUCAAUAGACUCCCCAUAGACUCUUCAUUGGUUCUUCUCAUGGCAGAAAACAUGUUGACAAUGGCCUUGCUAAAUAAAUACUCCUCUCACUCCAGGAGGGACACAGUCAGUGUCUCGAUGUGAAACUUUGAUUUGGCCCUCACCUCGCGAGAAAGCGCUUCCCCUCCCCAUAAAGAAACGUUCCUUUUCAACCGACAUCUGUUGACAUAUGUGUCGGGGUGAAGUCAGGAAAUAUUGAGGGGGACCACAAAAGCUGACAAAAACUUGAGCAUGAACCUUGAACCUAUCCUUUCUCCCCUCAGUGAAUUCAUCCUCUUUUUGUCAAGUGGGAAGGCUUGAGCGUACAAUGGGUUAAUUUGACAACACAUCAAUCAAGAGCCAAUGGUCUUCACAUUACACAACUGAUUCUUUUAAACAAAACCAUGCUCAGCCACACACACAUACACAACUGAUUUCCUGAGACCAAAUCAAUGAACUUCUCAUCUGCAUGUUGCUGCUUUAAAGCGCAACUGAAGGCAAUAAACAACUUCUCUGAUAGAAAACUAUAUUAGUCAGAAGCAAAGUUUUGUAAGUGAGUUCGUCAUGAUUUACUUGAGGGUUGGGUUUUGAUUUCACAAUGCUUACUUGCCCACUAACAAGGGAUACACAGCUACAGUGAUUGUGCUCUGUCCAAUCCUACCGCAGAACACAGAGACAGUGAGACAGACAUGCCUAUCAGCGCAGUGGAUCUGACUUUGUUCACGUAAGACAACAGGUCGCACAUUUUUUUAACUUGAGAAAUAUAGCACCAAAUACCUUAGCUAGAUGUACAAUUUUGCGAGUUAUCUUAGAUUCAUUCUGACUAUUUUGAGAAAGUAAUACUGGCUUUUGUUCCUAUGGUGUCUCAUGGGCGACAAACCCAUCAGUAACUGGCACAUCGAACCACACCCCCAAGACUGAAAUAUUGUUUCUUACAGUAAUGAGCAACAGAGAAACAUGCUGAAUCAGUGCGUUCAGUUGCGCUUUAAAAAUAACUCUCCUUAAUGAUGUAUUUUUCUACACUCCUGUUUCAGCUGGUAUUUGCCUGGUGCUUACAUAAUAAUUAUAUGGCAUCAAUAGGUUAUUUCUGGAGUUUACAGAGUAUUUACUUUAUGCAAUGUUCAGGUUAUUAUAAUUACAAUUUUCCAGGUGAAUCAGACUGUAGAAUAAAGCUUAACCAAAGUCUCCCUCCCUCCACUCCUCCCCUCUCCUCUCCCUCCCAGGCAGUGAAAGGAACCAUGCAGAAGACUUGUAAGUGCCAUGGCGUCUCUGGGUCCUGCACCACACAGACCUGCUGGUUACAGCUACCAGAGUUCCGGGAGGUGGGAAACUACUUGAAGGAGAAGUACCACCGAGCCCUGAAGGUAUAUAUUGUUUAUUGUUUAUAUUAAACAAUAUUGUUUAUAGGCACUUUAAAGGCACUUCACAUAAAGUUUAUUCAUUUAUUCAUUCAAGGUGGACCUGCUCCGGGGAGCCGGGAACAGUGCAGCCAGUCGAGGGGCCAUCGCAGAGACUUUCAGCUCCUUCUCUCGUAAAGAACUGGUCCACCUAGAGGACUCCCCAGAUUACUGCUUGGAGAACCGUACCCUGGGUCUGCCCGGCACGGAGGGCAGAGAAUGCCUGAAGAAGGGCAAGAACCUAAACAAGUGGGAGAAGCGGAGCUGCAAGAGGCUGUGUGGGGAGUGCGGUUUAGCCGUGGAGGAGAGGAAGGCGGAGUUGGUGUCGAGUUGCAAUUGUAAGUUCCACUGGUGCUGUGCAGUGAAGUGCGAGCAGUGCCGCAAGACGGUGACCAAGUACUUCUGUGUGAAGAAGGGAGGGCAGAGGGGGAAGAACGAGAGCGCUGGGAGCCGUAAGAAGAACCUGAGGCUGAGGAAGAAGCAC